AUGCAAGUACAAAAAAAAGGAAUGCUUAAAUCUCAAGUCUCUGACUCAAACACUCAAAAUCUACCCCAUUUUUAUAUGCGAGUAGUUCCUAAAUAUAAGAAGAAUUAUGGAAGUUUAGAAAUUAAAAAUGUAUUGGAAAAAAGUAUUGUCAUAGCUGAAGAUGCAAAAAAACUUUUUUAA